UUACGGAGUGUGCCCGUGUGUUUCGCGAGUAAUUUCGCCGCUCACCGUUCAGAGAUUUGUGCAGCAUUACUUUCUGUUGCACAAAGGUGAGCAGAUUUUUAUUAGUUUUUUUUUGUCACUGUUAACCGUGCCCCCGCAGGGAGACGCGUAGGGGAAAAGAUUGGCUCCUUGGGAGCGCCGAAAUACCGCAGUGUAAUUUAUGAGUGAUUUUGUUCUGCCAGGAAUUUGAGUGGGUUUUUGUGGUUGCAAGAAGCUUCAGUCGAAAAGUGAAUUGCAAAAAUAAAAAAUAAAAUCUCGCCAUUUCGACCUCCGAUGGUCUAGCAGCGUAACGCAAAGUACAACGAAUGCAUAACCAUAAGGUGCAAGUGGAGUGCAGCGCAGCCAUAGACGCUCUAUUUCUGGUGGAAGUGCAACGUUUACUCUGAGACAAUACGUCGAUUCGAGGUGGAAUGGAGGAAAGUGCAGAAAUAUGCUAAGCUGCAAACGCCGAUCACCGUUGAGUAACUCCUUCAUGUUAUUAGUUGGGACUGCAUUUGAACAGCCACCACCCCCUAAGAGGCUCACCCAUUGGCAGCGGCAAUUAUCUUUUGAUCGUGAAAGCUACAUUUUUAAUAGCUAGGGAAGAUUGCAAACAUUUCGUCUCGAAAUUUCCAGCAGCAAUCCCACGAGACAAGUUUUUCUGCCCGAACAGUGAUGUAAACUAUUUUUGGUCACAGAAAAAGUGGCUCGUAAAUAAAAGCCAUCGGUCACGCACGUCUUCGUCCUCACAUCAAUAUACUACGCGACAACUCACAAGUGGACCUUUGUUAAAUCAUCAAUCGUGAUAACUCAACUGUCGAGGUUCAUAACUAAAGUGCUAGGCAGUGAAGAAAACCAGACAAGGAGACACUAAAAACGCCUCGACGUUUGAUUUGAAAAUUACAUGUCGCGAGAAUAAUUGAAGCAAACAAUACGUUAAGAGUUGUGCAAAAAAAAAAACGGUAGGUUGACGCCCGCUGGCCAAACAGUAUUGCUACUUGCGAAACAGGUGUUGACGUGUAGCAAGAGGUCAUAACGAAAAAAAACGCCCAGCUACUGCGAACGACAGUGAAAGAAUCGAUUUGUCCAUUGAUAAGCAGCGUUGAAGUGAACGCAAAAACUUAUUAGGCAGUAUGAGCUUUAGCACAGCCGCGGCUAUACAGUUUCUACUCUAUUUACUUACAGAUGGCCAACGAAUGGGUUGCACCUUCACAAGAGGAACCGGAGUCCCUGUCCGGUGGUAGUAACAGCAGUUCAUGUUCCCCACACUCCAGUCUCCAGCAUAUUCCAGCCUUCAACUACUACGAUAGUGCCAAUCUACAGCGUAUGUCACAUUAUCCCUUAAACCGACUCACCAAUUAUAACCUCUACAAACACAGAAGACAAAGUACCUCCAAUUACGACGCCAACAAUGGUCGCGACCGGGCGAUGGAGAGAAGCACUUACACAAACCGCAGCUUCGUACUCCACGAGCCCAACCAUCACCAGUACGUACCGAAACGGAAGGGUGGGUUUAUGUUUGAAUCGUCACAUUAUGGACCUGAUCGGGUUGAUCGUGUUCCCGAUCGUCGCCGUCAUAGUUUGCACCAGCUGAGUGCGUCAAAAAUGGACGAUUUAAAGACUCGGUUCGAUGAGUACAGUUCGUCGGCAGCGGUCGCCAGAGGGCGUGGUGGUGGUGGGGGUGGUAUAGACGGAAGUCGACGUCCAAACCGGCAUCAGCUGACUAGUGGCAUACAAUUUGUCACCGGUGCCGGAAGACUGAAUCUUGGCUACAGCGGUGGUAGAAGUUUGAAUAUUAACAACGAGUCGCCAUCCACACACCGAGCUCCAGUAGCCGAAGGUAGACAGAAAGUCAGCAGCGCGAAGACACCAAAGCGUGGCUCGAGGUCAUCGCAAGGAUCGACGGACAGUAGUCACAGUUCACAUAGUGCCUCAUCCGGCUCGCUACUGCUGACGGUAGCGAAUCUGGAGAACUUUGCCAAGAUCAACAGAAAACACGAGUCUAGCUACGGUACCAGCAAAGCCAUGGAGGAAUACCUGUCUUCAACGACUGGAAUCGUCCCGACCGCCGCCAUCAUGGAAGCCGUUGGUGACAAGUACAGCAGCCACAACGUCCUAGCGAAACAGAACCACAACGAGCAACCGGGAGACUGCACGGAAUCGACAGACCAAUCCGAAAUCAACUAUCUAAAGGAUGAUGACAGUGGUAACCCACCGACCAGCUCGGCCAUCAUUGCCAUCGAGGAAAUCACCUCCGAUCUGAGGCAGCAACAGGACCAGCAGUAUCGUUCAAUGAAAACCAAAGAUCCGGAUUCGGUGUCAGUGGCCAGUUCAACGCAUUUCACGAUGAUCAACGGUGUGGGUGGUUCCCAGCGCCUCCCGAAAGGGGGCAUUUGUUCCCGGGGCCACCAGAUCACGGUGCUGAUCGUCACGAUGAGUAUCGUGUUCAUGGUUGGGAUCUGCGCGGCCGUCUUCUUCCUAGAAAUGCGUGCCAGAGAAAUGCCAAGAUGAAACAGGGCCCGAAGGACAAAAAACCACCGGAUACGGAACACAACCUUCCUGUCCCAAGCAAUUAAAAAACAACCAUCAUCGCCCCAGUAGCCAUAUUGAAAUCAACAUAACUUUUUACGUAAUAUUACUUACUAGUAAUAAUCCAACGAUGACUAUCACACCGUUGGGAAGAACAAGCUUAUAAGGAACGGAUGCGCAAAGCGUACUUUCAUUUCUGUUUCCUUAGUAAACAUUCCAAAACAACAAGUUCACUUAUACACCCUAGAGAAGCGAAAGAAAAAAAGAUUGCAGUCAAAAAUGAAACUUGCACAGUCGCUAGCAGUCAUUCUAUUCCCCAACGUUCUUUGGAAAAAAAAGUAAACAAAACAUAAUAUCUUCCUCAAACAAACUCAUACGCUACUAUACAUAUUUUUUCUGUGAUAUUUGUUAACUUAUUUAAAUUAUGUCACCAAAAGUGAAAAAAUAAAGU